GGUGUCCGCUGCUCGAUCGUUCUGUUCUGUGAGAGUGGAUCGGAUUGUUCACCUUUCAGAAUGGAAACAAAGUAACUUUAUUUUAACUUUGGGGUUGGGGGAUUCAUUUUCAAAAUUACUUAAUUGUGUAAUUCAAUGGCAGCAAGAUCAGCUAUUAAGAAUUUAAUUUCAAAUUUGUGUUUUGAGCACCAUUGUGUACAAACAAUAAAACUUCAAGAACAAUUCAGAAAAUUACACAAUGGAGUAAAUCAGUGUUCCCACUAUCACUCGUCCUCUCAGCUAAGAGCCCAACCUCGAUUAACACCACAAGAAGUUACUGAUAUUCUGAGGCAAAACGAGCACACUCAUGAGUUCUCAGCUGGUGGGUCUGUUAAGGCAUACGAUUCAAACCAAUUGCCAUCAAAUGAUCCUAUUGAGGAUACACAUGCAGAAGCAAGAUGUUUACUAACAACAGGCAUGUUACUGGGAGUAUUUGAUGGCCAUGGAGGAGCGGCCUGUGCCCAGGUGGUUGCCAAAAGGUUGUUCAACUAUGUAUCUGUUUCUCUGCUACCCCCUGACCUGCUCUACAAAUAUCUUCAAUCUAUGGAUAAUGGUGAUUCCCAUGUUCAGUUGUUGGAAAAUUUCAAUGACCAGUACGAUCUUGUAGAUGAACUAAAAGGACUAUAUUCAGAAAGUUUUAAACGGUUUGUAAGUGAUCUGUGGGAUUCUCAAAGAGAUGAUUUCCAAAUGAGAGACGCUCUGCAGAAGGCAUUUUUAAAGUUGGACGACGAUCUGUCACGAGAAGCUUUAACAAAUGUUACAGAGAAAGUAAAUUUAAAAACAUUGUCAGUGAGUAUGGCUGGUUCAGUGGCCUGUGUGGCUCACAUUGAUGGUCCUCAUUUGCAUGUCGCCAGUGUGGGCGAUUGUCAAGCAGUAUUGGGGGUUCUCAGUGAUACUGACACUUGGACUGCCAAGAAGAUCAGCAUUGAGCAUAAUACUGAUAACCAAGUGGAGGUUAAUCGAAUUCUUGAUGAGCAUCCACACCACGAGCGAGACACUGUUAUUCGGAUGGAGCGUCUUCUGGGCCAGCUUGCCCCACUACGAGCUUUUGGGGACUUUAGAUACAAGUGGAGUAGGCAGACACUACAAAAUGUGGUUGUGCCCAAGUUCGGAGAGCAAGUGCUGGCCCCCAACUAUCACACACCACCGUACCUGACAGCUCGGCCAGAUAUCAUCCACCAUAGAUUGACUCCCAGAGAUCGUUUUCUGGUCAUUGCCUCAGAUGGCUUAUGGGACCUUGUAUCUCCUUUGCAGGUAGUAAGAUUGGUGGGAGAGCACAUGAGUGGAAAAGUAACAUUGAGUCCCUUGCGAUUGCCGAGAAAAGACAUGAAGCUGGAUGAGAUAAAUGACUUGCUCCUGCAGAGGCGGAAAGGUUUGGCAAAAAAGCCUGUUGACCGCAAUGCAGCAACACAUCUUCUUAGACAUGCUUUGGGAGGGACUGAAUAUGGAGUGGAACACACAAAGAUCUCUCAGUUGCUGUCCAUGUCACAAGAGGUUGUAAGGUUGUUCAGAGACGAUAUCACAAUCAUAGUGGUCUUCUUCGACUCUGAAUAUCUCAGGCACUGCCCACUGUAGCUGCUAAGCUUUUUAUAAAAGCUUAACGUGUUUAUUUUUGCUCUAGAGAAAUUUAGAUAAGAUUAGUAAUUUUGAAUGAUCAAUUUGUCCACGUCAAGAUAUUUUUAUAUAGGAAUGAAAUCAUGUGCUGAUCGAAAGUAUAUGUUCCUCGUUACCAUAGUAUUGUAUGUAAAAAAUAUAUUUUAUUGAAAUUGUUUAUAUAGUUUUAAAAUAAAAUAUUUAUUAUCGAUUUUUCUAUUGAAAACUAUAUUUUUCAUCUGUACAUCACUUAGCUUUGUAAAUUUUAUAUAUUAUUUUUGUCAGUUUAUAUUAUAUCAUGCUUGCUUAAACAAUCUUCUUGCUUUAAUGUGCGAAAGUUGAAUUGCAAUUGUAUAGAUUUAAUGAACUAUUGUUAGAGAAAUAGGAGUUGAUAAAUUUACUGGCUGUGGUUAAAAUUUACAAAUUAUUUACAAAAGAAUAACUGCAACUGAAAAGUUAAAAAAAUAUUUUUAUGAAUAUAAAAAUUUGCUAUACUUAAGAAAAUAAAAAUUAUUUAAAAAAUAAGUGCAUCAUAUAUUCUCGGAUAAAAUUAACGUAUCACUUACAGAUUUGUCUGUAAUUUUAACAAGGACUUGUCAACUGUUUUGUUUUCAUGCUAAUUUUAUUUUAAAAUAUUUAUCUGAAAUGUUUUAAAAUUGUGAUUAACUGAUGUAGUAUUUAGAUGUGUUUGAAAAAUUCAGUACUAAUUUGUUGGUGGUACGUUAGUUUUAACCAGUAAUGUAUAUAGUGUUAUAUUACAAUUUUAAAGGUUCUCCUCUAACAGUCAUAAUUUUCUCCCCUCAUCAUUUAUGAGUACGUUAAAAAUCUUUAAUAUUUUACUGAACGAACAAAAUUUGAUAAAAUUUAAACUAGCAUUUUAUUUUUAAAAGCUGCAAAAAUGAUGUGCAGAAUAUUUAUUUAUUUAGUUGCAGUGCUGUUGGUUUUGUAGCAAAUCUAGAGAGAGUAAGAAAGUACCCUGUGUUAUGAUCUUGGUAAAAAAGCAUCUUUGCUUCCUCCUCCAUUUGACACAUAUAGUUAAGUUACUUAGUUAAUGAACCAGUGGUGCAACAAGUGGUUUCAUAUGAUUGUGAUUGUCGUUGCAACUUGUGUUUUAUAUACACAAAGUCAAUAUAUGAAAUUUAAAAUGUUGCACCCGAUAAUUUUUUAUAACAGUUUUAUAAAUAACUCAACUACUGUACUACAAACUCCAAGUUCCCAAUACAGUUCAAUAAAAACUAUACUGAAGUAGUGUCAGGAUUUUGAAUUGGAAAAUUUGAUAAAAUUGCAAGCCUCAGAUAGUAACUUUGAUUUUUAAAUGUGUUCUUAUGGGGAAAAAAUUUGUGAUUUUACAUUGUGGUUGGGUUUUUAUGUUGUAUAUACUCAUUUCUAGUUGUACGUGACGAAUCUGCCUGUUGUUUGUUUUAAGGACCCUGUAUUCUCUGAAAAUACAUUAUGUUACUGUUUUUUUCUGGAGUUCUUCUAUUCUUAUUGUUCAUUUUAAAUUAAAGAAGAAUGGACCCAGUAUUAGCAGUAUGUUACCACAGGAAUUUUCAACGGCUGCUGCUUAGUCUGAAACACACUUUUUUAAUUUUGUACAUACUCAUAUAUUAUUGAACACCUGUUGUUCACCUGGGCAGAACAGAGUCUGCAACAUAAAACUUGGACUGUAGCAGACAAAGAGCGUAGGUUAAGAAUUAACUGACACAGCGCUAACUCUAACCCAGGUGUGAAUCCAGUGUAUUUAACCACCAGCCUAAGAGUCCUCACUAAAUAAACAACCUUCCUAAAAAUUAAUAAAUCUUCAUUAAGUUAAGAACCCCUUAUAUUUACAUAAGUAUUUUUGUUGAGAUAUUUUAGUUAUUAAAACUGCUUGUGUAGUAAUAGUGUUGUAAUAAGUAGGUUAAGACAGGUAAGUCCAAUCACCCUUUGUUUUACAACUCCUAGAAUAUAACAGUAUACAAUUUAGUUUUGAUCCAAAUGUAAUGAUUACAACUCUAAGUAUUCCAUAUGUCCAAUCUACCAUACUAAUAUUACGCUUUGAGAAGCCAAUAUAAGAUCUUAAUACUGGAAAAAAUGUGAAGAAUAGUUCAACUCAUUAUUGAUUUGUUACAAAAUAAAAUAUCAAAAUUAA